CAACAUGCUCACUGAUGGGACGAAUGUCUGAGGGUUUAUCAGCAACCAUCCAUCUCUGAUACGGCUGGCCGGCAUCGGGAAGCUCCUGGACGCUCGGACUCUGGCUAUGAACGGGCUGCUCACUCACACAGUGUACAUGGCAGGGAUGCUGGCCCUCGCACCGGGCAGCAGCUGCGAGUGGGCCAACUCGCCUCGCCAUCGUCUCCACUCCCGCCAAAAAUUGGAAAGGCUGCAUCCCUGCAAGCGCAGGCCUAGAAGUAUCCUGGUACCGGUGAGCCCCCCCAGCGUCAAACACCAUUCCACUUCCCACUCUCUCGGCCCACGCCUCCCUGGCCCCAUUGCAUCCGGUCACUUUGACUUCCUUGUCAACGCUUACGAUUACUCCUCCUUCACCAUCGCCUCCUUCGUCCACCACAACCUCACCAUCUCACCUCUCUCACUCUCUUUUCCUCCUCUCUCUCCCCCUCCCCUCUCUCCCUCCAUCACGACCGCCCGCUCGUGUCGCCCAUACCACUUCCCCUCUCUUCAAUUUCUGCACUGUAGCGAGCUGUGUCCCGACCAGAAACCAUUUUCCGCCCGCCGACCAUUGCUCAUUUCCAAGCCUGUACAUUGGGCCACCUUGAGCGUCUUGGCUGGUUCGGGCCCAGCGCCAGAGCCGUCUCCCAUUGUCACCAUCUCAACUUCGACCACUGUCCUCAAGUCGAACCCACGAGGCCGAAUUCAACCUUUUGCCAGUACCGAGGGCUGGCAUUUAAGGAGCCGGACUGCCGGAAACAGACCCAACCCCGACAGCGGCCGUGUCCCGGACAGGCAUUUUGCAUUCAAUUUAGCAUUCAGCACACGCUCUCCCAUCACCUGCCAGUUGCUUGCUAUACCUAUCACUGCUGCCCGCCCCCCGGUGUCGACCUUCCGACCCUCCGCCUUUUACUUUUCUUGCGGGCACCAGACCAUUCUCUCGGCACCCGGAGUAGGUGAUUUUGCCUUUUUGUCCAGGGACUGA